AUGCCUGUCUCCCAUCUCACCUUGACCGUCUCACACCUCCCAACUUCGACAUCCUUCUUCUUAUCAUGUCUUCAACCACUCGGAUACCAAUUCAUCGGUCGCCAUGAUGAUUACAUAGGCUUCGGGCAGAAGCAGGGGGAACCUGCUGAUUUCUGGGUCACCGAGCGCAAGCCAGGAGGUUCUGCCAGUGCUGUCCACGUUGCCUUCCCCGCUCCAACCAGGGACGCCGUGCACACAUUUUUUAUAUCCGCCCUGAAAGCCGGAGGCACGAUGCAAAGCGAACCCAAGUGCCGGGAUUCCCAACUGGGACUCUUCAGUGCCGCUGUGGUUGACUUCGACGGCAACAGCAUCGAAGCUGUGUAUCGCUCUGGCGGUACGGUCGUUGCAUCCGAAGCCGGGGGUCCAACCAUCGCCCUACUGGAGAACGGUUCAGUAGUCUCCAAGAGCAGCAGAGCAUCUACUGUCAUCAGCAAAGCUACCUCCGUUACCCGGGUUAGCUCUGUUCGAACGGAGAGCAUUGCACCGCCUAGAUCAGAGGCCAAGUCUCGUGCCAUCUCCAGGGCUCCUACAACUGUCGAACGUGCAGCUCCCUCGAUGGUCUCUCGUGCACCCCCUGCACCCGUUGCGGCACCCGCACCUGCACCUACAUACACAGUUGUGCAGAAUAUCCAGGCACCAGACGACGGUAGUAAGAUUGCGAAGACGAUUGUUGGUACACUCAUUGGAGCCGCAGCAGGCGCGGCAAUCGCAUACGCGAUGGUCAAGGGCGACUCACAGUCCUCUUCCGAUGGUGCUACCAACAAUCCACCUCCACAAUAUACUACUCCCCAGUAUGUACCGGAGCACCACCAGCUCAUGGGACCUCCAUCACAGGUGUCUCGGCAAUCGGAAGGACAGCAUCAAGAGUACCAGGGCUACCAACAGUACCGAGCUCUGGAAGCCCCUCCACCACGCAGCGUAUACACCUCGGCCUCAGGACCUCGAUCCGUGAUGAGCCGAAGCGUAUCCUCCAAGAACCCACGCGCGAGCACAAUCUACGAGGGAACCGAGUACGUCGACGAGCACGGACGCCGCGCUUCGGACGGAAUGAGUAUCCUCGAAGAUGUACCCCUACGCGCAAUCGAAUACCCACCAUCGAUGAACGGCUGGCGUGAUCACUGCAAUCCCAGUACGUUUAUCAGUAGCUACGCAGCGGACAAACCACGCUCUGGAAGCGUGAUUUCCUCAUCGACGAUCAAAGCCUCGCAGGCAGGCAACAAUACAAGACGAUACAGCCACGACGACAGAGAUACAUAUUCCACCCACAGCCAGUCCAACUCGAACGCAAUCUACCGCCCCGCACCCUCUCAGGCUUCGCACGUUAGCAGCAAAUCCACCAAGGAAAAAGACGAUUCCCGAAGUAUCGCGUCAUCUACCCGAUCCGCAAGGAAUAUCCCACUUCCCGCAGGGACAUCCGCAAGUUACUACUCGGCAGCACCAAGUGCACAUGGGAAAUCCUAUCUCUCCGCACGAGAGGUCCCAUUACCUGAAAGUGUGAUUGAUCUCGAUGUUCGAUCCAACGUCACACCCGAUGACUCGAUCAGUCAGAUUGGGAGUCGAUCUGGAAGAUCUACUCACUCGCAUGCUUCGAAGCACUCAAAGACAUCCAGACAUACCUCCAGGUCUAAAUACGAUGAGCCGGUUAAACCGGCUGAUAGUGUUAGUCAGGUUUCUCGGGCUUCGCAACAUACAGUGAAAGCGGGAUCGGGAAGUAAGGCACCAUCUAAGGUUGGGAGUCGACGUGGGAGUGAGGUGGUUGUUUGA